AUGCCCGCACCAUUUGUAAUAUACGCCGAUUUCGAGUCCAUACUAGUUCCAGAAGAGAGAAAACUUGAUUCUGGAGACCCUGAGGACAAGAGUACUACAGAACUAUACCAGACCCACAAGGCCUGUAGUUUUGGGCUUAAAACAGUGUGCCACUACGAUGACCAGUACUCCGGUGAAUAUAUAAGCUACGUUGGUGAAGACGCCACAGUGGCCUUUUUGAAGACCGUACUGAAGGAGUCCAUUAAGUGCCGAGAGAUGGUAAAUAAAAUAUUCAAGAAAAAGAUGGAAAUCACACCAGAGCAAGAAGCUGAGUUCUGGAUGACAAGGAACUGCUCCAUAUGUGGCAACGACUUAGGUGAUGACAGAGUGAGAGACCACGACCACGUAACUGGACUGUACCGUGGAGCUGCCCAUAAUAUGUGCAACCUAAAAUAUAGAAUCACAUGGAAAGUUCCAGUGGUCUUCCACAACCUAAGAGGUUAUGAUAGCCAUCUAAUAAUGCAGGAAAUCGGUAAGUUUAAGAUGAACAUCAACGUGGUCCCAAAUAACAUGGAAAAAUACAUUUCCUUCUCACUAGGUAAAAGUCUUGUGUUCAUUGACUCAAUACAAUUCAUGGCUUCUUCCCUGGAGGCACUUGUGAGUAACCUUUCACCUGAAGACUUCAAGAUAGUCGGUCAGCGGUGGCAAGGUGAGGACUUCGAUCUUGUGAGACAAAAAGGUAUAUUUCCUUAUGAAUACCUGGAUGACAUAAGUAAACUUGAUACUGAGGGACUUCCAAGUAAAGACAAAUUCUACUCAUCUCUAUAUGAGUCUGAAGUGAAAGAAGAAGAUUACCAGAGAGCUCUAAAAGUCUGGGAUCACUUCAAGAUGAAAACAAUGAGAGACUACCACGAUCUUUACCUGGAGACUGACGUUCUUCUUCUAGCAGAUGUUUUCGAGAAUUUCAGGAGGACCUGCCUGGAAAACUACAAGCUUGACCCUGCUCACUACAUAUCAGCACCAAGUCUAAGUUGGGACGCAUUCCUAAAACAGUCAGGAGAGGAAAUAGAAUUGGUAAGCGAUAUGGACAUGUUCCAGUUCUUCGAGAAGGGAAUGAGAG